CACUUAACAUUGCGACAUUCGAAUAAAUCGAACGUUUUGUGAAAAUUGCAAUACGGAUUAAAUAGUUGAAUAGAAAAUAAAGACCCAUUAACACAUUAAAAAUGGAUAAUAAUCAAUCGAACCGUCCGGUUUCUCGUCGCGGUGACAUUGGCCGACGACCAGGUUCCAGUUCAUUCAGUCGACCUGGAACAUCCACCAGAAAUUUAACAUCUGCUCGCCCCAUGUCAACUCGACCACCAUCAGCAUUAGCAGGUGGAACAGCAACACGUUUAACCAGUGCAUUACAGCAUAGUCCGACCGCACCAAGUCAACGCAUUGGAACGGCAAUUGGAAUCGCUGAUAAUAGACGAUCGGCACGAGUAUUGACUCAGCAUGGGCUGAGCGGGUUGCCAGGAGCACAGGGCCGAAUUGGUACGUCGACUGGUACACGACAAAUCAAAGAUGCGCGCUAUUGGCAAUCUCAGCUUCAAAUUAAAAUGGAUGAAAUUCGUCGCGAAACGGAACGCUUGAUACGCGAAAAACAGACCAUGGACCGGGAAAAAUCGGCCAAAAAAACAUUUGAUAAGAGAGCAAAAGAGGCGAAUCGUGAAUUAACGGUCCUUCAAGCAAAGUUGUCCGAUAUGAAUAUCGCUUUAGAUUCAGCAAACAGUAAUAUAACACGUCAGCAAAUGAAUCAAGAGACAACCGUACUGCGUGAACGAAAUGAAGAGUUUCAACAGCAAUUGGAGAAGACAUUCAAUGAAAAGCAAGCCAAAGAAGCGAUCAAUGAAAAACUUGAGAAAGAAAUUGAAUUGGAACGCAAUAAAAUAAAUAAGGUUAUCGAAGCGAUGAGUGAACCAGACCAAGAGAAAUAUCGUAAAUUGGAUGCGUUGGCACAACAAUUGAGCGAACAAAAUAAUGCAAUGCAUGAAGAAAUCAAUAUGAUGAUUAAUAAAAGAGACAACCUUGAAACGAUUGCAAAAAGUUCAAAUGAACGUGCCGAAGCGGUGCGAUUGCUACUGAAAUUGAACGAAUUGGAAAUGAAAUUGAUGCAAUUAAAGGAAGAGGAGCAACGCCGAUUAACACCGGCACAAGAACGUGAAAAAUUGAUUGGCGAAGUGAGAGAAAAUAAACAGGCUCUAAACGGCAUUCAACAUCAAAUCAAAUUGGCCGAAGAUGCCUUGCAUGAAAAACGUGAACUAUUACAGCAAAUUGAUGAUGAUUUGGACGAAGGCAAUUCAGAACGUUAUGCCAAAUAUAAAGAAUUAAAACAUCGCGAUGAAACGAUGUCCAAAUUUAUGGACAAUUUUAAAGAGAAUUUACAAGCCGAAAUGAACAAAAUCGAAAUGAUCAAAAGUCAAAUAACAUCAGCAAUUGAACAAAUAACAAUGAAUGGAGUAAAUCUAAAAACGUUGGGUUUGUCGAAGGCAGCAUUAGAUGAUGGCAACGAUUUAACAUCUGAGCAUGGUAUGCUCAAGGAAUACAAGCGUUUGCUGGUGAUUUUGAAACAACUUCAAAUACUCAAGAAACGUACCGCAGAUCAAAUUGAUACCAUUCAAAAGGAGGAGCUUCAAUUACAACAGGAAAUUGAAAAAUUCUCCAAUUUGAGUGCAUUACGUAAUGAAUCAGCUGAACGGUACGACGAAACUUCAUCUCGAUUGGAAGACUUAAAGCAUAAACAACGUGUUACUGAGAAUGUUGUAGAAGAGGCGCAACAGCGUAACGAAGAAAUAAAAGAGCAAUUAAAAUCAAAUGACAAUUAUCGUCAAAUCUCUCAUCUCGAAGAACGACUAUCCGAUUUGAUUGACGAAACAAAAGAAGCCACAACUACAUUCGACGAAAUGCAGAAGGAGUAUAAUCAUGACGAUAUAAUCAACGAUGCAAAAGAGAAACUACAACAAAUUGCAGAAAUUUUGCGCUCAAAUACACCAACAACAAUGAAAAUUUAAAAAGAUUCACAUUCAGAA